GACAGUGAUCCGCCGUGCAGGGACGUUCAAGCACCCUUUAGGGACGCAGGCAGAGGGAAGGUGCCAAGGCUGGUUGCGUGGCAGGCAGAUGUCCCCCGACGCUCCGUCGGCCUCCGUGCGUUGUUGGUUCAAGCUGUUGUUCUGUCAUAUUUAUGCGCAUACACAUGCUUUUGCACGGAUAAAAUAAUUGUGAACAGUAGUAGUAGUAUAAAAGCUGCAACAAAGACUGGACAGUCAGCUCGUUGCCCGACUAGUGAACUCAGGUCAACCCGACGACAUCAACCCCUCAUACAUACCGGAAUAUGCGCAAGUGGUACCUCAUCUUGACUUCCGGGCUUGUGUCCUUGGGCCUGCCCUCAUACGUUCUCAGCAGCCCUCACGCGCACCACCAACGCUGCCGCUGCCUUUCCUCGGACCCGUGCUGGCCUUCUCAGAGUGUGUGGACAGCUUUCAAUUCUUCCAUUUCCGGCGCCCUCCUCAGCAUCAACCCCACUGCGCAGGCCUGCCAUGCCCCGCACUACGACGCACACGUGUGCCAAGCGAUUCGCGAUGACUGGAUGAACCCGUUCUGGAGGGUGGCGCAACCCGGAACGCUCCAGGAUCCCGCUGAUGAGUCCUUGGGUAACUCGACUUGUUCCCCUUGGACGCCGAAAAGCACCCCCUGUGGACAUGGAAAUCUCCCGACCUACGCUGUUAACGUGACGUCCGCCGCGCAAGUCUCGAAGACGAUGAAGUUUGCCAAGAAACACAAUUUGAGAGUCGUCAUCAGGUCAACUGGUCAUGAUUUCCACGGAAGGAGUACUGCUGCUGGCUCCCUGUCUCUCUGGAUGCAUAACUUGAAAAAGAUGGAGUUUCAUGAUGCGUUCGUGCCCACAAAGUGCUCCAAAUCAAAGGGCACCGCGGUAACGGUUGGUUCCGGCGUUGUUCUGCACGAACUCUACGAAACCGCCGACAAGAGGGGUUUGGCACUCGUUGCUGGAGAGGCUCUUACGGUUGGGGUUGUAGGGGGCUACUUGCAAGGCGGGGGUCAUUCUGCGCUUGGACCUUAUAAGGGGAUGGCCGCGGAUAAUGCGUUGGAAUUCCUCGUUGUGUUGGCCAACGGGCACAUGGUGACGGCAAAUGAAUGUCAGGAGAAGGACCUCUUCUGGGCGCUACGCGGCGGAGGAGGUGGAACUUACGGUGUCGUGAUCCAAGCGACGCUGCACACCUUUCCCACACCCAGCAUGCAUCUCACCUCCAUAAAUGCAACUAUGAACAAUGUGGCGGAUACGACGUUCUUCCUGAACAACUUUUUCACUUUGUUGCGUGACCUGAAUCGUCAUGCUUGGGGAGGAUACUUCUACAUGUUGGACACCCGCUUCCUUGGCAUCCUGUUUGCACCUAACAAGACGGACGCGGAAGCAACGCAAGAACUCGCCUCCCUGAGCGACUUUCAGUCCAAGCACCCGGACCUUCUCCAACCCAUCUCACCGGCCUACCCGAUUUCAACUUUUUUCAAACUUUACAACGGCACCACGACCAACCUUGGGCAAUCCAACUCGUCGGACGCGGAUCCCCCCAGCGUCUCCUUUUCCCGCCUGAUCCCUCGCUCGAUCCCUAUCGAGAAUAUCACCCAGGCAUAUAUCCAAAGCAGAGGGCCUUCGACGUUGUUCAUCACCCAUUUGGUUGCCGGUGGCGCGGUGUCCAGAGUCUCGAAGGACUUCAACGCAGUCCAUCCCGCGUGGAGAACAGCAUUCGUCCACACUUCUGUACUAAACGCGGCGAAUCCUGACGCGUUCAAAGACCUUGUAAAACCGAAGAGCAAGGACGAGUUGGGGUUCUAUCUGAACGAAGGAGAUCCGUUGGAACAACACGCGCAGAUGCUCGCGUUUGGGAGCCAUCUUCAGCGGUUGCAGCAGAUCAAGGAGAAAGUGGAUCCUGGAGGACUUCUCACGUGUCUGUCCUGUGUCGGGAGCGAGAAGUGGACUCCAGAUGGGAAUUGUCGGGUUUAG